GAAUCACAGCAGAACAAGCCUGGCUGUUUUGGGUUUUGUUUUUUUUUUACCCUUCUUUGCUCUGCUGUUUUUUUUCUGAUCCAUUCAUCGGGGGUGGUGGCACAGCACCAUCUUCCCCUAGGAACUUCCUGACAGACCCAGAGGCUGCUGUCAGAGUAGAAGAGGAGGGACGGGGGGUUUUGAGGGCCAGAGCUGUACUGUGAUGAUCAGGAGAGGGAUGGUGUGAUUGUGAGGAAGAGGAAGGCGCUUCACCAAAGCAUCACCGAGCCCCCUUCCCUCCACUCGACCCCCCUCUGUCUGGCUCCCCCCAAAUAGCGUGCUCCUUCAGUUAAGAGUCCUGGGAGGUUGGGGGGGGGCUUGGCGAUCAGGGAACAUGUCACAGACUAGGAGGAACGCAUACCCCCGGACCACCAGCAGCGGCAGCAGCAGGAUGAGCUCAGAUGGGGGCGGACGGCCCGUCAAGGUGGGCUCCCUGGUGGAGGUGAUCGGGAAGGGGCAGCACGGCACGGUGGCUUUCAUCGGCGCAACGCUCUUUGCUUCUGGAAAAUGGGUGGGGGUCAUCCUGGAUGAGGCCAAGGGCAAGAACGAUGGCACAGUGCAGGGCAAGCGCUACUUCACCUGUGAGGAGAACCACGGGAUUUUUGUGAGACAGUCACAGAUCCAGCUUGUUGAUGAUGGAGCAGACACGUCUCCGGAGACGCCAGAGCCCAGCACUGGCAAGGUCCCCAAACGAGAGAUCCUGGAGACACCCAAGUCCAAUAAACUGCGAGGAGUGAAGCCCAAAAAGGUGCUGCAUGUUUCUCUAACCUCGACUCCUGCACCCCGGAAGAUCACGGCCAGAAGGCCCAAGCAGCCCAGCCGGCCUGCAGGCACCGGAGGGAAGGGCGCUGCGUCCGGCUCGGCCUCAGCCUCCGCUGGAGAGAUGAGCAGCAGCGAGCCCAGCACGCCAGCCCAGACACCCUUGGCUGCUCCGGUCAUCCCCACCCUCCACUCCCCUGGAAACCCUCCGGCCCCCGGCCCCAGCAAGGAGGAGGAGGCUCUCCGUGCUCAGGUGAAGGACCUGGAGGAGAAGCUGGAGACUCUGAAGAUGAAGCGGACAGAGGACAAAGCCAAGCUGAAGGAGCUGGAGAAACACAAGAUCCAGCUGGAGCAGCUGCAGGAGUGGAAGACCAAGAUGCAGGAGCAGCAGGCCGAGCUGCAGAAACAUCUCAAAGAGGCCAAGAGGGAGGCUAAGGAAGCCCUGGAGGCGAAGGAGCGUUACGUGGAGGAGAUGUCGGACACUGCGGACGCCAUCGAGAUGGCCACGCUGGAUAAGGAGAUGGCUGAGGAGAGAGCGGAGUCUCUGCAGCUGGAGGUCGACUCCCUCAAGGAGAGAGUGGAUGAGCUCACUAUGGACCUGGAGAUCCUCAAGCACGAGAUCGAGGAGAAAGGUUCAGAUGGAGCUGCCUCCAGCUAUCACGUCAAACAGCUGGAAGAGCAGAACAGCAGACUGAAAGAAGCCCUGGUCAGGAUGCGUGAUCUGUCGGCAUCAGAGAAGCAGGAACACGUGAAGCUGCAGAAGCAGAUGGAGAAGAAGAACGUGGAGCUGGACUCUCUGAGGAGCCAGAAAGAAAAGAUGCAGGAAGAGCUGACGGCGGCAGAAAGGACCAUUGAUGAGCUGAAGGAACAGGUGGAUGCAGCCUUAGGUGCAGAGGAGAUGGUGGAGAUGCUGACGGAAAGAAACCUGGACCUGGAGGAGAAAGUCCGAGAGCUAAGAGAGACGGUGACUGACCUGGAAGCGAUCAAUGAGAUGAACGACGAACUGCAGGAGAAUGCCAGAGAGACGGAGCUGGAGCUGAGGGAGAUGUUGGAUCUGGGAGCUGCGAGAGUCCGAGAGGCUGAAAAACGAGUGGAAGCUGCCCAGGAGACUGUAGCUGACUACCAGCAGACCAUCAAGAAGUACCGCGAGCUCACCGCUCACCUGCAGGUACAGAUGAGGAAACGGCCCAUCCGGCAGGAAGCGACAGCAGAGCUGCAGCAGCAACCGCCGGCAGAGAUGUUUGAUUUCAAGAUCAAGUUUGCAGAGACAAAGGCGUACGCCAAGGCCAUUGAGAUGGAGCUGAGGAAGAUGGAGGUGGCUCAGGCCAACAGACACGUUUCUCUUCUGACGUCCUUCAUGCCCGAGUCCUUCCUUCGUCACGGCGGAGACCACGACUGCAUCCUGGUGCUGCUACUCAUCCCCAGGCUCAUCUGCAAGGCUGAGCUGAUCAGCAAGCAGGCGCAGGAGAAGUUUGACCUGAAUGAGAGCUGUGUGGAACGGGCUGGGCUGAAAGGAGCUGUCGGGGAGCAGCUGAGCUUCGCCGCUGGUUUGGUCUAUUCGCUCGCUCUGGUGCAGGCCACGCUGCACAAAUACGAGCAAGCUCUGGCUCAGUGCAGUGUGGACGUCUAUAAGAAGAUUGGCUUUCUAUAUCCUGAGAUGAGCGUCCAUGAGCGAUCUCUGGAUUUCCUCAUUGAUCUGCUGCACAAAGAUCAGCUGGAUGAGACGGUCAAUGUGGAGCAGCUCACCAAGGCCAUUAAAUACUAUCAGCACCUGUACAGCAUCCACCUGGCAGAUCAGAGUGAGGACUGCACCGUGCAGCUGGCUGAUCACAUUAGAUUUACCCAGAGUGCCUUGGACUGCAUGGCUGUGGAGGUCAGUCGUCUGCGGGCGUUCCUGCACGCAGGCCAGGAGAAAGCCGACCUCGCUGUGCUGUUCAAGGACCUGGAGACGUCCUGCAGCGACAUCCGACAAUUCUGCAAGAAGAUUCGACGCAGGAUGCCAGGAACAGAUGCGCCCGGCAUCCCAGCCGCCCUCAACUUUGGACAGCAGGUGUCGGACACUCUCUCAGACUGUAGGAAGCACCUGACGUGGGUGGUGGCGGUGCUGCAAGAAGUGGCAGCAGCUGGAGCUCAGAUGAUGUCGCCUUUCGGUGAACAGGAGGGGCUGUCGGCCGUCAAACUGGAGAAUGUGGCUUUCAAAGCAGGAGAGCAGAUUUAUGGCUCGCCUGGGGCCAACCCCUACGAGUGUCUGCGGCAGUCCUGUGGCAUGGUCAUAGCAACCAUGAACAAGAUGGCCACCGCCAUGCAGGAGGGAGAGUACGACUCAGAGAAACCUCAGAACAAGAACCCUCCACCUGUCGAUGUGCGAGCGGCGGCUCUUCGAGCAGAAAUCACAGAUGCAGAAGGUCUUGGCUUGAAGCUGGAGGACAGAGAAACUGUCAUCAAAGAGCUGAAGAAGUCGCUCAAGAUCAAGGGAGAGGAGCUGAGCGAGGCAAGCGUGCGUCUCAGUCUACUGGAGAAGAAACUGGACAGCUCAUCCAAAGAUGCAGAUGAACGUGUGGAGAAGAUUCAGACACGGCUGGAUGAAGCCCAGACUCUGCUGAAGAAGAAAGAGAAGGAGUUUGAGGAGACGAUGGACGCUCUGCAGGCCGACAUCGACCAGCUGGAGUCAGAGAAGGCCGAGCUAAAGCAGCGAAUCAACAGCCAAUCGAAGAUGACCGCAGACGGGCUGAGAGGAACCGGGCCGGCAGGAAUCGCUUCCAUCGUCACAGGAAUGUCUGGAGAGGAACAAAAAGCGAGUAUGUCCGGUGUCGGCCCAGGUUCGGGCAUCCAGGUGAUCGACUCUCCCCUGAUGACUCAGCAGAUUGAAGCUCAGAGACUGUGCAUCAAACACCUGAAGAACGACAACAACAGACUGAAGGCGGAGAAGAUACGUGCUCAGCUUGCCGCUCUGCCUCCGCUCCAUGUCACCAAACUUCCCUCCAGGGACGGACGUCCUGAAGUGCUCUCUAGCGCCCUCUACCGCAAGACUGACCAGCUCCUGGAGACUCUGCUGCAGAUGAGUGCCAACGUAAAGGUAGUGGACAUCACCGGGAAGUCUCCAGUGACACCUAGUGCCCAGCUUCUGGAACAAACAGCCAGACUAGAGUCCCUGAGUGACACACUGGACAGACUGAAGGAUGAGGUAGCAGAGCACAUCGUCAUCCAGCAACCAGGAGCUCGAGCCUUGUCCGACUUCGCCACGUUCCCUUCGACCUCGUUUGUGAAGGUAAAGGAGGAGAAACAGGGUGACACGGUGCUGGUGGGUCGGGUCAUGGUGCCAUGUCCUCGCGGCCAGGAGCAGGUCCACCGCCUCGUUCUGUCAGAGUCUCAGCUGCAGAGAGUUCACAGCCUGUUGUGGACCUAAACUUCACCGGAGCUAAGAUCCUGCCUAGCAGCAUCAACACCACACCCUGUCAGCUUCCACUCCAGGGCCAAAACCAGCCCACCCAGAAGGUAUUUCAUGUCAAUACUGGGGAAAUGACAGGCAUCAUUCAUUAAGGCAAGUGGACAGCUGACGGUCAGGGCUGUAGCUGGAGACCAGUCUGGUGUCAUGAUCACUCUAGAUUUGGGAUAACUAGGAUUUGUCUCGUCCCUGGCUGUUACGAGUGAGAACUAAGAGCUGAAAUGAUGACUCUUAAUUUAUGUUUCAGUAACCAUUUUGACAACUUUAGACUGCCAACUAUAAUGGACUUUAACAAUUCAACUUAAUAAUUAACACUGGUUUCAGGCCUGACUGUUCUGGAAAAUUGUAAGUCAAAAAUCCAGUUAAACCCAGGAAAGCAUCUUAUUUAUAACAUGACGGUACAACACUGUCACAUAUCUUCAGGGCAUUGUGCUGAUUCCCCCCCCCCCCCCUUGACCCUGUUGUUAAGCUCAAACUGAAAUCAAAUCCUACUUGACUUAUUUUUGGAGCGACUUGGUUACCUGCCUACUGUAAAUGAUAGCUUCAGGAUAUGAGCCCUGUCCUCCAACUAUAGCUUACACAUCUACUAAAAAUGUGUUUACUUUUUGCUGCGUACAGCAUUUAUGAUGCUCUUUUAUUGGCCAGCGUGGGUUAUAUUAGGCCAGAACAGUGGAUGCUGCUCCGUUUGUCUGUGCUACACUUUUGGCACUGAAGCUGAUGUUUACACAGGGUAUGAAGGAUCCUGGCUGCAUGUUGUAAAUUUUAAUCAUGUGUCACUGUUGUGUACUCCAUUUUUAUAACUUGACUGUCUAAAGGAGGAUUAUUUAAAAACAUGUAAAUGAUUAUAGAAGUAAAAGUAGCAGGUUUUAACUGUGGUUAGAUCAAAGACGCUUUGCACAUGUAACUUCUGGGUGACAGAAGAAAGUCCUGCACAUGAGCUGCACUUGGAUGCAACUUCAUUCUUUAAUGUUUCACUGAUGACAAAACAUUUUAGCAGUGAAGUUACAUUCAGUGCAUGUUCAGGAGUCUCCUGUGGUUUCAUUAAAAACACAGUCACUGCACAUUAUUCUCUAGGGAUUUACUGUGUAACACACGACUGAAAUUCUUUUGCAGAUUUAAAAACAGCCUGACUGAACUUCAGAUGAAGAAUUACAUGGUUUAAGUUAUUUAGUAUUUAUUACACAUGGUGGACGUUGUUAUUCUCUAGUUUUACUUGCUUGAUAUACACGACGUACCGGUUGUAUUGAUAAAGUUACCGACUGUGUUUUGCUCAGAUUCCUGGUUAGUCUCAUAUGUAACUUUGCCUUAGUUUUCAUUUCUUUUUACCAAAACUACAUCUUUGCCAAAGAAUCUCUUCACAUUUUCCAUGGCUGAUUUUAAAAGGCUUUUAGUUAAUGACAUGCUAAUUGAUUUGUUAAACACUUAUGACUUUUUUUAUUUUAGAAUUCUGUAGUGCAUCUACAGAAGUCGGGUUUAAGAAGGAAAAUGCACUUAUUUCUCCAUGACACUGUUUGUGUGCACUCUCAGCUGAUGUACUGAAUCUGCAGCUGGCCCAUCUUCUCUAGUGGCUUCCUGAUCUUGCACAACCAAUAAAGACAUUAAAGCCGG